UUUUAUCACAUUGUUAAAUAUUUCUGUACGGUUACCUGUUUCACUGUUAAAGCUCCUUGGGGUUUUAUGCUCCAGCCCCUAACACAGUGCCUGGCUCAUAAUAGGUGUUCCACAAUCUUUGUUGGAAUGAUGAUGGAUGUGGGAUUCCAACUCGGGACUACCUCAAAGUAAUACCUGGUUCUUUUGCCUCUGCCACUUUCAAUUUUUGUGUUUUAGCAGAGGUAAAUAGUAAGAGUAGCACAGUGCCCAGAGCAAGAAGCCGGACAGAGUUCCGAAAGAGGAUUAAGGAGGACAUCAGUAUGGGAGGAAUCUGAGCAGCAGCGCAUGACCGCAACACCAGCUGGAGGCACUGCCGGGGGACACAGGGGGGACCCGGAGCCACACGCUCCUGUGGAGCGGCCCAGCCACUCUAAGGUCCCCGAGGACCAACAGCUUCAAUCUGCGCCCAAGCCUGGGUGGCAGCGGGGGUCAGCAGACGAGGGCAGAAAGUCCUGAAAGUCCCUCUUAAAUCCUCGCUGAAGCAUCUAUCCCUUACCCUCUCCCAAGCAGGGAUCCUGAGGUUGAAUUCAGGGUCCAGCGAGAAGCCAUUCAAGACGAGGACUGAUAUCCGGCUCCUGGAAAUACUCCGGAGAUCACUGUGGACAUCGCUUCCCAGAACAAUCAUUUCAAAAAACUUCAAAAAGCACACACUAGAUUUAAUUAGAAAUGUUAAGAUUGUCCAAAAAAGGAUUACCUAGAUUUGAUCAAGUUCAAGAUGAAGAAACCUAUCUGGAAAAUUUAGGAGUACAGAGAAAUGCUUCAGCUUUUUUUGAAAAAUAUGAUCGGAGUGAAGUACAAGAGUUACUAACUACUGCACUAGUUAGCUGGUUGUCUACCAAAGAGGAUAUUCACUCUCAACUAGAUGUUCCGUGUGGAAUUAUGAGUCAAAUAAACAAUGUACGCUUCUCCACUGCGAUCUUACUGACUCCCGUGGACCCUACUGCUCUCUUAGACUAUAGAGAAGUCCAUCAGAUCAUAAGGGAGUUGGCGAUUGGAAUUUAUUGUUUAAAUCAAAUCCCUUCUAUCAGUUUAGAAGCUAAUUAUGAUCAGAGUUCAUCUUGUCAGUUACCUCCAGCUUAUUAUGAUACCAGAAUUGGGCAAAUUCUGAUUAAUAUUGACUACAUGCUAAAAGCACUAUGGCAUGGAAUAUACAUGCCCAAAGAAAAACGAACCAGGUUCUCUGAAUUGUGGCGUAGCAUCAUGGAUGUUGAUCCAGAUGGAAAGCCUCAAACAAAUAGAGAUAUUUUUGCAGAGUUUUGUUCAGCAGGGUUGAUUGAUAUUACAAAGGAUCCAGACUUUGAUGGAAUCUAUGAUGAAGACAUGAAUGAAGAUCCAACAUAUGAGCCCAAUAGCCCUGAAGAAAAAGCUGUUUUUAUGAAAUAUGCUGAAAGUAUUAUGCUAAAGUUGACAUUCAGUACCACACAAGUUCAACAGUAUGAAAAUGUCUUUAUAUUCGAAACAGCCUAUUGGCUUACUAACGCUAUAAAAUGUAAUCAGGAUUGUCUUGACAUUUGUACCUACCAGAGACUGCAGCAAAGAUUAUAUCUUCAUAAAAAGAUUAUUCAAAAACACUUUGAAAAGAAAAAAGAAAUCAGAAGAGGGAUAGGGUACCUAAAGUUAAUAUGUUUUCUGAUUCCAUUUUUACUGAGUUUAAAAAAGAAAAUGAAAGUCCCAUAUUUAAGUAGUCUGCUUCAGCCUUUUUCAGAUGACAAGGUCAAGACUGAACGAGAAUUGCCUCCAUUUAUUUAUGGACGAGAUUUUAAAUGCCAGAAUUUUCACUACAAAGAGAAUCAAUAUUUUCAUGUUCAUGGAGGAAUUGAAUUUGAUAUCAGCACCCCUUCAGUUGAGAAUGCUUUGGAAGAUUUUAAGAACAAUUUAGAAAAAAUACAGGACUGUGCUGCUAAUACAUUUGUAGAAGAUUCAGGAUACAAAGAAUAUUACUCAAUACCAGUCAUGGAAUUUCAUGGAAAAAGCUACUACGUCAUCUGUUUUGAACUUGAGACUUUCUAUCAUCAACUAUAUAAGACACAGUGGUGGGGAGCCAUAAAUGAAAUAGUGAACAAUCUGAGAUUAAAAAGACUUCCAUUGACAGAUACUCAAUUACAUGAACAAUUUAAGAAAAAAUUUGGUUUCAAAAAAGCUAUGAAAUGCAAGAGUAUCCCAUUUGGUAUGAAGUCUGCUGUGGAAAGAGGGUUAUCUGCUGUUUUCCAUACAUUCAGCCGUAAAACCUCAAGCUCGACAAUCAAUGUUUCAGAUGAAGCAGGUUAUACUAUUUUCCAUCACGCUGCUCUACACAACAGAGUUUCUAUUAUAUGUCAACUGUGCAAUGCUAACUUCAACAUCAACCAGAGACGCUUUAUUAUGUUCAGCCAAGGUCCAACACCUCUACACCUGGCUGCACAGGCUUGCUCGUUAGAAACAACUAUCUGUCUACUCUGUUUCAAAGCUGAUUACAUGCUUUCUGAAAAAAGAGGCUGGAUGCCAAUUCACUUUGCUGCUUUCUAUGACAAUAUCUGCAUCAUCAUUGCUCUCUCUAGAAAGGAUCCUAGUUUGCUAGAAGCUGAGGCAACAGCUGAGAAUCAGUGUACUCCACUGUUACUUGCUGCCACUUCAGGAGCAUUGGACACUAUUCAGUACCUGUUUUCUGUUGGUGCUAACUGGAGAAAAACAGAUAUUAAAGGAAAUAAUAUAAUUCAUUUGUCAGUGCUAACGUUUCACACAGAGGUUCUCAAGCAUAUAAUACAGUUAAAUAUUCCUGAACUCCCAGUUUGGAAAACUUUGGUAGAAAUGUUGCAGUGUGAAAGCUACAAACGAAGGAUGAUGGCCGUCAUGUCCUUAGAAGUAAUUUGUUUAGCAAAUGAUAGAUACUGGAAACACAUUUUGGAUGCAGGUACCAUUCCUGCCUUAAUCAAUCUAUUAAAAAGUUCCAAAAUAAAAUUACAGUGCAAAACAGUUGGGUUAUUGAGUAAUAUCUCAACCCAUGUAAGUGUAGUGCAUGCUUUAGUAGAGGCAGGAGGCAUUCCAGCUCUGAUCAACCUACUGGCUUAUGAUGAACCUGAACUACACUCUCGCUGUGCUGUCAUUCUAUAUGAUAUUGCUCAGUGUGAAAACAAGGAUGUUAUUGCCAAAUAUAACGGAAUGCCAGCUCUGAUAAAUCUAUUAAAGUUAGACAUAGAAAUUGUGCUAGUAAAUGUAAUGAACUGUAUACGGGUACUGUGUAUAGGAAAUGAAACAAAUCAAAGAGCAGUGAGAGACCAUAAAGGCAUCCAACAUCUUAUCAGAUUUCUGAGUUCUGAUUCAGAUGUCUUGAAAGCCGUAUCUUCUUCUACAAUUGCUGAGGUUGGGCGUAACAAUACGGAAAUUCAGGAUGCUAUAGCUAGGGAAGGAGCAAUUCCUCCUCUGGUGGCUCUUUUUAAAGGGAAACAACUUAGUGUUCAAGUGAAAGGUGCAAUGGCUGUGGAAUCACUGGCAAGUUACAACCCUCAUAUACAGAAAGCAUUUCUGGAAAAAUCAUUAACUAAAUAUCUUUUAAAACUCCUAAAGGCAUUUCAAAUAGAUGUUAAGGAACAAGGAGCUGUAGCACUUUGGGCCUUGGCAGGACAAACGCUGAAACAACAAAAAUAUAUGGCAGAACAGAUUGGAUACAACUUUAUAAUAAAUAUGCUUUUGUCACCAUCAGCUAAAAUGCAGUAUGUUGGAGGUGAAGCAGUCAUAGCUCUUAGUAAGGACAGCAGGAUGCAUCAAAAUCAAAUAUGUGAAGGGAAUGGAAUUGCACCAUUGGUUCGAUUACUAAGAAUCAGUGAGAUAGCUGAAGGCACACUUCUUAGUGUCAUCAGAGCAGUGGGAUCCAUUUGUAUUGGUGUAGCCCAUACAGGCAAUCCCAUUAGUCAACAAUUUGUUGUAGAGGAAAAUGCCUUUCCAGUACUUAUGCAACUACUAAGAAAUCAUCCUUCUUCUAACAUUAAGGUUGAAGUGGCAUUUUCCUUGGCAUGCAUUGUCCUACGGAAUGAUGUGUUACAGAAAGAAUUACAAGAAAAUGAAGGAUUUGAGUAUGCUGAUGUUCUUUAUCUUCUUCAGUCAACAGAUAAGGAUAUUUGCUUAAGAGCAGGCUAUGCAUUAACACUUUUUGCCUUCAAUAAUCGCUUUCAACAAUAUUUAAUAUUGGAAAGUGGAACAAUGACCAUAUCUAUAUUUGAACCUUUUCUUGAAUCAAUAAUUGAAACCGAGAAGGCAAUGGCAGCAUUUCAGAUUAUUGUAUUAGCUAAAGUCUUCAUAGAUGUGGACCAUAUCACUUUGACUGCAAGAGGUGUUACUAUUUUAGUUGAUAGUCUGUAUUCAGUUCAAAUGGCUACUAUUGUCUUGACAGGGAAUUUAAUAGCUAGCCUGGCUAAUUCUAGAGCUGGUAUUCCAGAAGCAUUUACCACAUUAGGAACAAUCCAACAGCUCUGCUACCACUUACACUCAGGAAGAGAAGAGGUUCUCACAGCUUGCUCCAAUGCCCUUGGUUACUUAACUUACAAUGCAGAUGCUUUCCGUAUCCUAUUACGAGAAUGCAGGAAUAAACCUAAUCAGUUCCUUCGUCUAACAAAUAAUAUCAGCAGAGAUGCAAGUAUUAAUCCAGCAUUUUUAAAGGAAUUUCAAUUGCAACAAAUAGUGGGACUUCCUUCCUUAAGUCUGGAGAAGAAUGGAGGGCCAUCCAUAAUUCCUGUCUUUAAAAAAGGGAAAGAGCACCGAAGAAAAUCAAAACCCAAGAUUCAACCAAGAGAUUCUUUGACUUUAAUACCUCCUGUAACUAACUUCAUGGGACUCUUCAAGACAACAAAAAAGACCAACGUUUCCCAUAAUAUUUUUUCUUUUUCAUCUGCAAUUUCAUCAGAUGUCAUAAAUGUAUUAAGACCAAGAAUAGUAUAUUUGAAUCAACUUAGGAAACAUGUACAGAAAGCCAACCCAGAGCCUACAGAAGGCUAA